GAGGGAGAGAGAGAGAGAGCGAGGGGAGGGGAAAAGGGGUGAGUCGCGAGCACGUAGCCUGCUUACAAAUUAAUACCACAGUUAUAAAUGCGACUUUCUCUUUUUUUUUUUAUAACGCGGUGCCCCGCUGUUGUUAAAUGCUACGUUCGUUUUGCAACAGACGCGUCACGCUGUUAAACGGGGUACAUCGCCAUGCGGGGGAUUCUUGAGUCCGGCAUGCACUUAUUAUCAAUUUUUUCACGAUUCUGACCGACUUUCAGCACCCACACCUCACGACCAGAGCUCGACAGCACUGAACUCAACGCAGCUCCCUCUCCGCCAGGCCAGGGAGUCAGAACAGAGACAGUACGGAGAGGUGGCGGCUCCCGCUCCACCGAGCUCCACCGAGCACCACGGAACCGGCAGAGGGACAUGACAUAUUUACAGAGGAAUAAAAUAUCUUGGUCUCUUGGAUGGCUACGGAGACCAUUUUUUUUUUUUAUAAAACUCCGGUGUAGUGCAGCACUGUGCACUGACUUUUCUGUCUGUUAUACGACGGUCGAUAGCGUAGCCUACUAUAGUUUCGAGAGGGAAAAAAACAAGAAGCACGAUUCUUAAAUGCGAAUGCGACGACUUGGCAGGACUUUAGUGGAUGGAGCAAGUUCAGCGUUGACCGUGGACUACCGUCGAUUUAGGCUUGCACUGCGAAAAGGUUCACUUGCUCUCCACACACCUAAGUGGAUUUACAGCUCAGGCGCAAUACGAAUGAUUUGGGCAUGGUGCCCACGCCCCAGGUGUGCGUAUCCACCCUGGUGACAGUGAGCACGAUGGCGGUGGUGGACCUCUACCUGCUGGAGCAGAGCAUGCUGGGGGCCCGCGGCCUCCCCGGGCCCAGCAGCUGGCAGUGUGCCACCGUGCUGCUGGGCGACGCCGGCUUCCUGGUGGCGCUGCGCUUCGUGUCGGCCGGGGUGGUCUCCGAGGCGCGCUCGCCGCACCGCGGCUUCGCCAACGCCCUCUGGUUCCUCUUCCUCUCCCUGCUGCAGCUCAAGCUCUUCUUCGUCUGCCACAACUACCGGCAGGAGCGCCGGCCGCCCGACCCGCUGGCGCGGAAGACGCUGACCCUGCUGCUGUCCGUCUGCCUGCCCUCGCUCUUCCUCAUCCUGACGGGCGCCGACAGCAUGACCCCGCCGCGCCGCAAGCAGGAGGUGCGCAGCCGCCUCCUGUGGGUGGUGGUGGACCUGCUGGACGUGCUGGACCUGCAGGCCGGGCUGUGGGAGGCCCACGGGGGCCCCGCGGAGCACGGCCUGCCCGUCUGGGUGGAGGGCCUGGUGUUCUUCUACUGCUACGCCCUGCUGCUGCUGCUGCCGUGCGUGGCCCUCACCGAGCUGGGCUCCGCGGGCCUGCCCGGACAGCGGGGCCCCCGCAAGGAGGCGCUGUACCCGUGGCUCAGCCUGGUCACCAUCAACAUCUUCACGCUGGGCCUGAGGGGCACGGGGAUGCUGUGGUUCCGGGACUCCCGGGUGUCCACCGUGUUCCUGGGGAAGAACCUGCUGGCCCUGGCCGUGAAGCUGAGCGCCGCGUGGGAGCGGCGGGGACAGGACCGGGGGGCCGGAGGGGCGGGGGCCGGGACGGCGGCUGGGGCCGGGGCCGAGCCAGGAGGGGGGUCCUUACCCCUGCCGAGCCAGGGCAGGGUGGAGGCCGGGGAGACCCCCCAGUCGGCGUCGGCUCCGGCCUCCCGUUAUCACACACUGACACACACCCAAAACAACAGCCUGGCCAGCCUGGGACCCAGCGAGGCGCCCUCCUUCAUCUCCCAUGAGCUCUAGGGAGGCGCGCUCGAUUUGAGACGCUCCCCACGCAUGCACGGAGCGCCAUGUGCUUUUAAGCAGCCGUACACAACGACCGGAGGCGCUCACGGGUGCACCCAGACGAUGAGACAUACUCGUCCGUGGACCUACUGCUCCGGGUGGGUCGAUGUGACCACGCAUCCAGAACUGGGGUAAUCCAUGGACACUGAUGGUGGAGGAUAAGCAACGACGGCUGUAAACACAUUUGUCCUGUUGUAUUUUUGGGCACAUUUUGUUUUAUUAUAAAUUUUGUAAAAAGUAAAAACAAAUAAACUAAAAAUACAAUAAGCAUUGAAGAAAUAUUGAUAGCUCCAAUGUUCCUUAUUGUGCAUAAUUUGUUGUGUACAUUUUAAAUCUAGACCCUCACAACAAGAGGCAAAUGUAUUUCACUUUUUACUCGUGUUUUAGCAGAAAUAUAAAUAAAUUCUAGGCUGAUAAGACGGAAAA